CGGGGCCGGCGGAGCGGGAGCGGAGCGGAGGAGAGGAGGGGGACGAGAGAUGGUGGAGAGAGGGGAACGAAAGGGGAUGGAGACGCAGGAGCAGCCAUGAAAAGUUUAGGGGAGUAGGGUGGCGGGGAAGGAGGGAGAUGGGUGGGUGAUGGAUGAAUACACGCCACGCGAUGGAAGAUUUUAAAGAGAAGAUUUGACUUAUGGUGGUAUAAGACUAGAUGGAGCGGACGGAUGUGACUGGAUGGUUUUAAGCAGAUGAGGACGGACAAGUUCUGCCCGGUGCUGUCUUUGAGGUCGGAGUGGUGGGGACCACGGAAAAUGGGAUUAAGGGUGAAUAUGCGGGUUUCCGAUGAUUUGGGAUAAGUAGAGCACGGAGAAGCCAAUCUAUCUAGAUACCAUCGGCUGUGAACCUUUUUUCGUUGUCCGAUUUUGGAUGCAUAUAAGGGCAGAGGAAGGCUUAUUUGUCGGUGGUUAAGGCAGGCUGAUCAUCGGAUCAGGAGGGGGGGGCCGGCGGAGGGGAGGGGGCCGGAGGAGUUCAAGUGCCGGUUAUCUUGAUUGGAGGAGGGGGAUCGAAUUGUAGAUUGAUUGAUUAUCAGUGCAAGAAAGGACGGGUGAAAAGAAAAAGACCACGACGUCAGUUGCAGUGACCGCACCGCCCCGCGAUGCCUACGUCGAUGAUUGGCCUAUCUAUCUCUGAGCAGAGUGGUGGGGGUGACGUGGCAGAAGCAGCGAGGCAGGUCUGCUCGUCCCCAGCGAUACGUAGAGGCGGCGGGCGAGGAACUCGAUCUCGAUCUGACGGCGGAGGAACCAACAGUGUUUUGUCGCCGAAACCAGUGGUUCAGCAGGUGUGGAAAGAAAAGAGGCCCAGCGUCGACGGCGGUUGUAAUCCUGGCAGUGUGGGGACCACAGGCACCGAAGCACCAACGCCAACGUCAUCGACUUUGACCUCGCCUUUGACGAGAGGAUCGGGAUCGGGAUCGGGUUGCGCCGAUCUUCCUCUUCCUGGGGUCUCUACUUUUACUGCUACCGCGGUUGCUGUUAGCGCUACCGCUGUGCCUGUCAGUCGGCCGUUAGAUUUUAAGUUGACGGACGGAGCUCGAUCUGAAGGGGGAGAAGCAGCAACAGGAGGAGGAGGAGGAGGAGGAGGCAGAUGCGGUGGGGCCAUCUUUUCUAGCGAGGCCUCGAUGACGAAGUCGCGGGAGUGCCCAAACUACGAGAGGUCUGUCGUUAGCGGCAUCAGCAGCAACGUCGUCGGCGCGCGGAACGACGGGGAGAAGAGCGCGAGUGUGAGCGUGGUCACCAGCAGCGGCGGUAGCAUCAGCGGUAAGAGGGACAGCGGCGCGCCUGCUGAGAGGGGAAUCGCGGAAUCAGUUGCCAUCGCCGGUGCGGCUGCGGGAGGUGGUAAUCAGGGUUCUGAAGCGGGGACCGCUGAUACUACAUCUGUUGCGGCAGGGAUGGUUGCGCUGGGAGGGUUUUCUGACUCCGCCGUUCUUUCUCGGCCUGCGAGUAGGUCGGCAGCAGGAGCUGUCAGUGGGAAUGACGCAGGGGGGUUGACUACGGACGGAUCACAGGCGGCAAGCGCUGGUGGUAUGGGCGUCUCCGUGCGAGCGAUGGAAGACCGGACCCAGUGUCCCUCGAAUUCAGCCUCGGCCGUUGGCGCUGGCAAAGGUUUCAACGGUGUUGGCGAGGACAAGAAGAUCAAUGGGGGGGAGGGGGGGGUAACGGUCCCUGUUAAACUGUCUGUGUCAGUUAUAAAGGAUCCAGGAGGCAAGUACGCGUGGAGGGCUAGAAAUUCUCCUACGACGCCAGACAAUCGGGGCGGAGGAGGAGGAGGAGUGGUGGGGGGGGGAGUGAUGGGUGAAGGGGUGAGGCGAGAGCAAGACGAGCCGGCGCCGACUCCCAGGCGUCUUUCCGAGGUCCAGUCGUCAGGAGGAGGCGAGAGCGAAGUGAUACCGUCCGACCGUGGACCGAUCCUGCCCUCUCCGCGGAAAGCAGAUGGCAGCGAUCGUGGUGUAGGAGGCGGGGGGUGGAAUGGCAGUGGGAGAGUCGUUGGUCGCGAAGAGGCUAUCCCUGCUCCGUUGUUUGUUCCUCAACCCGUUCCUGGGACGUCGCUUGUCCAGGUAGGCAAUAUCUGGAAUAAGAAGACCAACGUCAGGGGACACAGGAGGAGCGUGAGCACGAGUGCUGUUGAUCUUCAGGUCGUCUUGCCCCGUGGGCCGAACGAAAGGGCCGAGAGGCAUGAGAGGGGUGGGAUUAGGCGACAGUUUCCUCCACAACCACCUUCGUUGAUCAAUGGCGGCUUCCGUGAUCCUCUUGCGCAGCAGCAGCAGAAUGUGCCGGUCGGAAUGCAGCAAGGGGGCGUUGGGGGUGCGGGCUUGAAUGCUCCUGCGGCGGCCAAUGGCGGCCCGGCUCCUUUGAACGGCGCGAUGGGAGGUGGGUUGGGUGAGAAUGGAGUGAACAGCGUGAGCACGAACGUGAGGGUGCAGCAACAACGACAGCAACCUGGGGCUAACGCACGACAUGUGCGGUCGGCCACGUGGGACGGCCAGAAUUCAAGAUCCGGCGAAAGCAGUGGCGGUGGCAGCAUCCGGCGGGUUGAUCCAGAUCACACGCACAGCGAGUGGCGCAGGGGAAGGAACCCAGCGGAGGUAGAUGGACAGUUGAUGGCUAUGGAUAGGCUGGAGGGAAUUGGAGGUGGAGGAGGUAUUCCUCUCCCUCUCCAGGCACACCUGGGAACAUCUAUUCCUUCACCGCUGCCACAGCAAAGAGGUCAUUACAGGCGAAUGAGCUGGAGCCAGGAGUCGCGGCAUCCACAGCAUCAGCAACAGCAGCUCAUGAUGGGAAUGGUGCCAGAGCAUAGAGAUGGUCAUGAUGCGACCAUGCACUUGCGGCAAGACAAAGAGAGGGGAAUGGUGAUGCCAGCCCCCGAGCAGGAUAGGCAGUCGGAACAGCGUGACGGCUCUAGGCAAAGCGGUGUUGUCACGCAACUACUCCAGCAGCAGCAGCAGCAGCAGCAGCAGACGCAGUUGGCCCUUCAACAGCAGCAGCUGCUGGCUCAUCAAAAGCACCAGCAGCAGCUGACUCAUCAUCAUCAGCAGCAGCAGCUGGCACAUCAACAGCAGCAGCAGCUGGCACAUCAACAGCAGCAGCAGCUGGCACAUCAACAGCAGCACCAACCACAGCAAUGGUAUGGAAAUAGUUCUGGAUAUGGUGGAAGAGAAGUGGGAGAGAAGAUGGGACGCACUGAAGAUCGAGGGGAUGAUAGUGGUUGGGAGGGGCACCACCAGAAUCUGCAAGCUGCUGGUGAUGAUGGGCUGACAGGAGGUGGUAGGGCUCAUGCUCCUUCCCCAGCAUUGCGGGGUCGAGAGGGAGGCGACGCUAUGGGAAAUCGUGUGAGUGGUGGGUCGAUGGGAGGUGCAGAUGUGGUCAAUAACGUGGAGAGGAUCCAUCGGCGCUCCCGUUCAUCCGGUGGAUUUGCGGUGGAGGAGCAGCAGAUGGGGGUUGAGACAGGGGAAGCAGGAACACCAUCGAGCAAGAGUCGGUCCGAGUACGAGAGGAUGAAGAGGGAAACCGGAGAUCGAAGCCGUGAUGGUAGUGGGUAUGACGGACCGCAGGAUGAAGACGAGAAGGGAAGUGGCGACAGGAUCAACGGGCGCAACAAAGAGAAGGUGAAGGAGGGGGAGGCUGAAGUUGAGAGGUAUCAGCAGCAACUGCAGCAGGUCCCACCUUGGGUAACAAGAGGGGGGGCGCCGUCUGUGGCAGCAGCGAGUGCGGGGGCGGGGAGAGGAAACAGUACCGUGCAAACAAGGAGAGGCCGAGCAAGGAGUGACUCUUUUGAUUGGGGCGGGGCGCGGCACAGAAGUGAUAUGAGCAGCAACUGGCGGUCGGGGGGGCCGAGGGAUGGAGAAGAGAGUGCAGGACAUCAUCAGUUUUUCCACGGCGAUGAGAAAGAUUGGAGCAGCGAGAGAGAGAGGGUAAGAGACCGUGGGGAGGAGCGGCUGGACAGGGAUGAAUGGCUGGCGAUGGAGAGGGUGGAGAGGAGGGAGCGUGAAGAUCCUCAGAUUCCACGCCGAGUUGAGAGAGAGGACAAGCAGCAACGAUGGGUGGGCAUGGGUGAGAAUAGCGAUCGGGAGAGGGACCCUCCUCCUCCACCCCCAGAACGGCGCAGCGGUGGUGGAAGUAUCCGUAGGAAGGAGCCAUCUUCCUUGUCUGCCAUCCCACCGGUGAGUCCUGUGGUUGGUGGGCCAGUGGGAGCCAGCCCGCGACCCUCUCGAUUAAUGUUUGGAAGGGCGGUCCCUCAACUGGUGCAGGAGCUGGAGGAAAAGCUGAUGAAAGGACAAGUGGAGUGUAUGAUAUGCUGCGAGAUUGUUGGGAGGAGCAGUUCCGUGUGGUCCUGCAGCAGUUGUUAUGCCAUCUUCCAUCUCUCCUGCACGAGGAAAUGGGCUCGAGUCCCCGUUGCGACAGCGAGCGAUUUGUCGGCGGCAGGUGGACAGCAGCAGCCGGGUGGCUCAGGGGAGGGUACCUGGCGUUGUCCUGGCUGUCAAACGCCACAGUCUAUCAGAGCUAGUGAGCUUAGGUACCGUUGUUUCUGUGGCCAACGGGAGGACCCUCCCAAUGACCCCUAUCUCACUCCGCAUUCCUGUGGAGACGCUUGCAGGAAGCCCUUGGCUCGCCCAACCUCUGAUGGGGGUUAUCGAUGUCCUCACGUGUGCACCAUGCGAUGCCAUCCUGGCCCUCAUGCACCUUGUGCAGCCAUGGCGCCCACUGUCUUCUGCUACUGCCGCAAGAGUGAAAUCACGCGCAAGUGUGCGGAUUAUGAGAAACAUGGGCGAAGCUGUGGGUCCACGUGCAUGCGGUCACUGGCCUGCGGGCGUCAUACCUGUCCGAGGGUGUGUCAUGAAGGCGCUUGUGGUGUCUGUGAAGUGACCGUCAAGACCAGGUGUUUCUGUGGCAAAAAGGAAGAGCUGCAGUCGUGCGGGCGCAUAGAGUUCAAGGGGGAAUUCCCAACAUCCGGUGGGGUCUUCUCCUGCAUGGAGCGCUGCUCCAAAAUACUUGGCUGCGGAAACCACAGGUGUGAGAGGUUCUGCCAUCCUGGUCCUUGUGGCGACUGCAGACUCCUACCUUCUCUUCUUCUUCGCUGCCCCUGCGGUAAAGAGGAAAUAAAAAAUCUGCUUGGUGGUAUGGACAGAAAAGGCUGCCUUGAUCCCGUUCCUACAUGCGAGGGAGUCUGUGAGAAACUGCUUGCUUGUGGCAAGCAUCGUUGCGAACAGACCUGUCAUAAUGGUGCAUGCCCACCCUGUGAGGUUCCAAUGGAACAGAAGUGCCGCUGCGUCUUGGCUGUCCGCAUUGUUCCGUGCUUCCAGUUGGACGUAGGUACUGUCUUCACGUGUGAUCGGAAGUGUGGUAAGCUGAAGAACUGCAGGAGGCAUCGUUGUUCUGCUGUCUGUUGUGCAGCCCCGCCCGUGGAUUCUCCUGGGCCUACUGCACCAGUGCCUGGAGAUAGUCAUUUCUGCAUGAUAGUAUGUGGCAAGAAGCUUCGCUGUGGCCGGCACACUUGCCAGGAGCUCUGCCAUCCCGGACAUUGUCCGCCAUGCAUGGACUCUGUUAUGACAGAGCUCGAGUGUGCAUGCGGGCGAACGUCAAUUCCUCCUCCGGUACCCUGUGGCACGCCAUUGCCAGCAUGCCCGUUUCCAUGCUCUGUGCCACAGCCGUGUGGGCACCCGUCAACGCAUCUCUGCCACUUUGGAGACUGCCCACCUUGCACUGUGGCAGUAGCAAAGGAGUGUGUAGGUGGACAUGUCGUGCUGCGCGGGGUUCCCUGUGGGUCCAAGGACAUUCGCUGCAAUGCUGUGUGCGGUAAACUGCGUCGAUGUGGCAUUCAUACUUGCACCCGCACUUGUCAUAGACCUCCUUGCGAUGCAGUUGAGAUUGAGGGUGAAGGGGACCACACAUCGCCAGGGAGUAGGGAUGGAUUCUCAAUAUCGCGAAGCAGCAGGCGUCUGCCUUGCGGGCAGACGUGUGGGCAGCCCAGACGUGAUUGUGAGCAUUUCUGUAAAGCUGUUUGCCACCCUGGUGAAGCGUGUCCAAACUCGAGGUGCACAGCUGUUGUUGCAAUCGUUUGCUUGUGCGGUAGACUGAAGGCGCAGGUGCAGUGUUGCGCUGGGGGGGGAGAUGAUGAUGAUGGUUUUGAUGAAGCUGCAUUCGUCUCCCAGCUUGGUUUGAAACUCCAGCCUGUGCAACAAAGUGCCGACGGCGCAUCUCCGGGAUACGUUCCUCUCGGCAGGAGGAAGAUCGCUUGUGAUGAUGAAUGUGCGAAAUGUGAGAAAAAGAGGAUUCUAGCGAACGCAUUUGGUGUUUCUAUGGCACCUGGUUUGGAAGGAGAGGAGGGGACAGCGGGAGGUACGGAGUCCGGUGCAAUGCUGAUGGAAAUGAUUCGUAGAGAUCCAAUAUGGGUCAGUGCUGUUGAGUUGCGGCUUCAGUUCUUGCUGCUGGGCUCUCGGAAUGCUUUGAAGAUGAGCACUGCAUCUGCAACGAGCGGCAUGAGAGUGCACGUCUUUCGGUAUCUGCCAAAGGAGCGUAGGGCAGCCAUUCAUGAGCUGGCGGCGCGGUGGUUAAUGGAAUCCAUAUCUGUUGGGUGGGAGCCCAAGAGGUUUAUUGUUGUUUACACGACUGCCAAGUCCCGUGCUCCGUUGCGGGGACUUAUUUCCAAGCCAGGGAGCUCGGUUCCGGCCGUGGGCCAUGCGGUCGCCCCAUUGCCAAACGGGGAGGUGGAUAUGGACCCGAGGUGUGUGAUAUCGUUCUUUGACUUGCCAAGGGAUGCAGAUAUCUCUGCAGGCAUUCUACGCUUUGCAGGCGAUUGUGAACUGGUGUGGCUCAAUGAUAGAAAUGCGCUAUCGGUUUUCAGCAACCCUAUCCGUGCCACCACAGCACUAAGGUACCUGGACCAUGCGUCGGCCUAUUGGGGUGCGAUAGCGCAGCAGUCGCAGCCUUCACAGUCUUCUUCAGCGGGUGCUUCCACUGGCAUGCGUGUUUGGGGAAAGGGUCCUUCAGUCCAGGCCAGCAGCAGUUCUUCGAGUGGACAGCCUGCCCAUGGAAGCUUGGCCAUGAGACGCAAUAGGUCGGGAUCAGGUGCCUCUGCUGCUUGGCACGCUGAUGCGUGGUCUGAGAAUGAAACGCAGGCAGAUCUUGAAGGAAUCUCAGGUGGCAGCAGAGCCGAUCCAUUGACUCAAGUCUGGAAGCAGGAGCAGUCUGGUCUCGCACAGUCUAACUUCUGGAGUGCCCUAGCGGAGGAGGGUGAUGGAGACGCAACUGAAGAGAACGGGGAAGGUAGCACGGCGGCAACCCCAAGAACAGAAGGGGGGGAUGGCCAGAGAGGCUCUCAUAGCCGCAGUGAUAGUGGGGAGAGCUCGAAGAAAGGAGCAUCGGGUUUGAAUGCAGCUGGCACGGUACCGAGUAGUCCCAGCGGAGGGGGUUCGCCACUGAGCACAUCCAGUGUGAUUAUUCGCAAUGUCGGUGAUGACAAUAAAUGGGGAGCAGGGGGCCUAGCGCUUGCAGGUCUCGGUGAUGGUUGUGGAAAAGGGGACGAUGAAGAAGAUUGGGAGAGUGUGCUCGAUGAUCACUAGGCAAUUCCUUAAACAAUCGAUCACCCUACCUGCCGCGACCAUGCGGCGAGGAGGUGAGCUAUCUCCGACCCUGUGGAUCCUGCAAUUCGAAAGCUGAGAGCCAAUGAAUUGAGGAGGGUAGUAGACUGUGCGUGACGAAGUGGCACAUGGUGAAGUGACCAAGUGCUUGUGAAUAGUUUGGGAACGGUAGACAGCCAUCGUCAACUGAGCUCUGAUUUUGCAAUGACAAUGCUUUAGAUGGUGUCUAGACUCGUGAGAUUUUUGGUUGGCGGGCCUGUGAUGUGUGGGGGGUUGGGUUGGGUUGGGGUGGGGGGAGGGGGGGGAGAAGAGGGUGUUGCAAUGUGCAAAUCUCGAUUCUAAAAUCUGAGAAGUAUUGUUUCGUACAGCCUCCUGUUCUGAAAAGAUACUCUUGUGUGUUUGCGGUGUGUUUCCGAAGUGGGUUUGGUAUCCAGAAUUUGCAAGUGGAAAUAUUUCUUGUUCAACCGGAUGAACUGCACGGACGCUUGCCUCUGUUGAGAAUUCUGAUAUGGUCUGUUUUUUUCUCAUUUCUUUUUCCUUAAAACUUUUUCUUUUUCUUCUUCCUAAAACUACCACCCAUGAUGAUGCGUAAGAAAUUGUGGGGGCCCGCACCCUUGCUAUGGCCGCGUCAUUUGUUCUGCUUUCUGGAUUUUACGGACUGCCUAGCAAUGAGUGACACACAGGUACUUCUCCCACUGUGGGUUAAUUCCUGUCCCGACCAACGUGGGCGGAACUCCUUUACUUGGCCUGCUAAGCAGCAGUCCAUUUCAUCUGCAGGCAGAGUGUUCGGAUGCAGUUGCCUCCUCGAUUGGGAGGCGAAGUGUUUCUACCAGCGAAAUGGGAUAAGCUUCCAGGAAAUGUUAUUCUUUAUGGGAGAGGCGUGGAACGAACGUGGCGUGCAUGUGGAUCUGUGAAGUGGCAGGAAGCAGCCCCCCCACUCCUCCAUGGGGGCGGAUGAAAGGGAGAUGAAAGCGAGUGUCUCAUCCUAACCUUAGUCCAUCCGGUUUGCACUCCUUGUACGUUUUCACGGCGAUUACGCUGGUGGUGUCUACGGAUGUCGACCGCGGAUCAUCAACAGUCUUCGAGUACAGUGAAGGGUUAGUCGCUCUCCUUCAGCGGCCUGGGCGGUGAAUGAAGGGUGGUGAAAGAGGGAGUCUGAGCUGCACGGUGGGGAGGAUGAAGGGGAUGUCCCUUUUGACACUUGGAGCUCGUCUUGGAGGAAGGGAACGUAAACGUGGGGUGUACUAGAGCGUUCAUUUUGUUUCUUUUAACAUGCAUUAUGCAAUCGAAACAUUUUUUAAAGACCUUCUGGAUAUUUGGUGGAGAAUCGUUAUGGAGAUCUUGCACGGCGUAUGCUCUUGCCAACGGUGAGAUGCCAAGGGUUGUUCAUAGAACGGAGGGGUUUGUGUGAGGGGAUGCAUGUGGCAUUUACAGCGUGAAGAGGGGACUAGGCCCAUUCCUGGCCGCACACUUUUGUCGGGAGGCUGUGCGAGGGUUUUGAAAUGUGGAAUGUAGUCUGGAAAUUGUCCUCGUUCGUCGGAGAAGUAGAGGCAAGAGUGAAGGCUGUGUGUGGAUGCUUGGAGAAUGAACACGAUUCUGGCGCUUGUACUUCAAUGUCAUCUCGUCCUGGAGGACGCCAGGCAUUGGCUUGGAAAUAUCUCAAGAACAUCGUUUUUGGAUGCAGUUGUGACCUCAAGAGGAAAGGGCAAUAUGCACAUGCCGGAGCUAGGUGGGCAUUAUGAAGGACAAUUGUCCGGGUCGGGGGUUGGCCCGGCGGCCUCUGGUGGAAGGGUCUGUUGCCCCUCGCUGGCUGAUUAUGCAGCGCUGAGGGAUUUGUCCGUGGUUUGGGAAAGUUUAGUAGAUAAUUACACACGAGCAACGGGGGGUGUGGCUGUGUGACAUGUGGAAGCAGGUAAAGGGCUUGAACCUGGAAGUGUGCAAGUGCUGGGAAUUGCCUUUUUGCACGGAUUGAUGUGCUGGUGUAUGGUGAAGGCGCAAUUCCUACAGUCCGUGAAUGCCCUGAUAAUAGCUGGAGGUAGGUUGGAGGAACAAUAGAUCAUUGGCAAGAAGAUGAGCGGACGGGACCUGUGUGGCGGAGGUUUGGAAUCCCGCAGUGAUGAUAGCUUAAUCGUGAAGCUGACACAUUCCCCACCUUGGUCAGGAUUGGUGGGGGGACUCGGUUAAUGGAUGUGAAUUGCCAGAUUGUUAUGGUGUGCAUUACUGGUUGUUUGAAACUUCAACACCAUGGACAUGAGUUUCUUCGAAAGCGUGUCGAGUGUGGAACGCGACAUGCCAGCAGGCCUCAAGUGUGUGCGACCGGACGGAUUAUGACAAGAAAGACAUCGUUGUUCCGGACGAAUUAUGACAAGAUUAUGACAAGAAAGACAUCGUUGUUCCGGACGAAUUAUGACAAGAAAUGACGUUGGCAUAAAUGGGCUGGCUUAGCCAGUUGGAAGCGGGAGGUGGAUCGGCGGCUUGAAGGCCUGCGGGGGAUAAGUUAGCCCGAGUUAAUAGAUUGAAGAUAUUUGCCUGUGGAUUUGUGGUUGCUGCAUAUGCGGCGCUGCUGCGGUCUUCAGGAUGAAUGGAGAACAGUGGGCAGGAUUGGAGUCGACAGUGCAGUUCUUUUGGUGGUCUGUUGGGCAUUCUUUGUUGUUCGUACCUCUUUUGAAUCGGUGAUUGAUUUCCUUGUACCUGAGACUGGGAAACAGUAACUUUUUUUUCUCUUAAUCUCUGAGAGACAUGUUGGGUUUUCCUGAUGGCGAUGGUGGCUGUGCCGAACAGGAAGGUUCCAUUUCAUCACUAAUUUGGGGUUCUUUAGCUGGUCGUGCCAGUCUUUUUUUCUUUUUCAAGUUUCAUUUCAUUCAAUUUGAUUGAACCGAAAUUGUCAUUUGAUGAAACCAUGAUUGAUAUUGUCGGCCUCUUUUUUUUUGUUUUGUAUUUUUUUUUCAAUGUCAGCCUUUUUCAUGAUCGUCGUGGGUAUUUGGCUCUGGCUGCAGUUUGGGUGGGGUUUUCGUUGGGACUUUAAUGGAGCAUGAGUGUAUGCACUGUUGAUGUCUCUCCUUCAGCUGCUGAUUUCCUCCUUCCCUCGUCUUUAAGAUUUCUAGGUGGUUUUUAGGAGGAUGAAAGCAAGCGUGUGUCAGGUUCUUGUUGGCCAUGUGAGGAUCCCCUGUUUAGAAGUCGCAGGUUCAAGUCCCACUUUUGCUGCCUGGGACGAUAAACUUGUGUGGGUCUC